AUAACAAGAUGUUGAUAGGAGCACGUAGCAGCCGUGUCGGAUGCUCUGAAUGCGACGAGAUGUGGAGGGCUAGAAGGAGUAGACGAAUUAAUGAUCAAACAGCUGCAAUGGGGCUAUCUCACGUGCAGAUUUGUUAUGGUUUAUUUUGGAUGUUACAAGCAGUUUUGGCAGGUCAAAUAGGAAGGAUUGAGAUCGGAAAUUAGUGAUUCCAUUGCAUGCUCUAGCCUGGAUAUUGCAGACUAUGAGCAAUCAUGUUGGCAAUGGAGGUUGUCAGUCUCACUUUGCAUGAUUAUAGAGUAUGCCAAGCCCAGAUAACUUGCGCAGUUUUUC